ACAUAUCACUUGACUGACAACUUCUGUAGACUUCCGAGCAUCGGAGCUCCGCGACUACGGGCAGCACCGUUUUCCAACCUUAUCGUCGGCUGAUCUGUUCGUACUUUUUGACGAUUCCGAGAGAUCUUUUUCUUGGAGCUUCUGGGCUCCUUCGAUACAAUGACUCGAGUUUACAUUGGUAAUCUGGAUCCACGUGUUACGGAGAGGGAGCUUGAAGAUGAAUUCCGAAUGUUCGGUGUUCUGAGGAGUGUUUGGGUUGCUAGAAGGCCUCCAGGAUAUGCAUUUAUUGAGUUUGAUGAUCGCAGGGAUGCUCUAGAUGCAAUACAAGCAUUGGAUGGGAAAAAUGGUUGGCGUGUGGAGCUUUCUCACAACUCUAAAGGCGGUGGAGGAGGUGGUGGUCGUCGUGGCCGUGGUGGUGGUGGUGGUGGUGGUGAUGAUUUGAAAUGUUAUGAAUGUGGUGAACCUGGUCAUUUUGCUCGUGAGUGUCGUUCACGUGGGGGCUCACGAGGUGCAGGAGGUGGUUUGCGCCGUAGUCCUUCUCCUCGGCGCCGUAGGAGUCCAAGCUAUGAAAGAUAUGGUCGCAGGAGUAACAGUCCUCGUGGUAAAAGAUCCCCACCAAGACGUCGCAGCAUUACACCUCCUAAGCGUGGUCGGAGCUACAGCAGAUCCCCUCCACCCCGCCAUGCUCGUCGUGCUUCACCUUAUGCUAAUGGAGAUUGAUGUUGGACUCAAGGCUGGAUGCUGUGCUGGUAGAACUUAGAUGAUGGUGUUUCUGCUAUGCUGUAGUUCUAAUAGGAAUUGUGGAGUGAACCAGAAUCAUGUAGUUAAGUUCGUCUCUGACAAUUGGUUCUCUUUGAAACCUGGAUUUGGAUGGGUGUCUACGAAGUGUUUUGAGCCACAAAAUGGGGUUCGGUCGGGCACCAUUUUGUGUUGGCUCCCUUCUGCCCGCUGAAACUCGGAGGUCUCUUUCUUGCUUUUAAAAUUAUAUCUACUACCUAGAGUUUUAUAUAUAUAUCUAUAUACCUUUCUAUCUAUUCAUCAAUAUUUCUUUUUCAUUGGAUGCCCCUAAAGAUCUAUCUGUUGGCUGUUUUUUUCCUCUUAUGUGUUUGAGGUGUGAUUUUCGGCUAUAUAUGGCAUCGUUACUCAGCUAACUGCAUCUUAGUGCAUCACGGUUCUCAAUAUCUGCUCUGCUCCUCAAUCAUCUUCUUGUUACUACAACUGGUUGCAUGCUGUUUGUAUUGCACUCAAGGCUGCCCAUAUAGUGUUAAUCCUUUUUAGGUGGUUGAAGAAGAUGAAGCUGUUUUUAUGCGAUUUUUCUGCUAAUCAUCUUCUCGUCUAUCAACGCUUUUCGAGCUUCUAUUACAUCUGCAAAACUAUUGUGAGAGUUUUAUAACAUCGGCAUCUUGUGAGCUUCAACUUGUUUAUCGCUCUCCCCAACUACUGCCUUGCCUUGCUCCACCAACCUUCCCUCUUUCACCAUUAUGCUUCCUUCAAUAGCACUUCUCCUUAAGUGAGGCAGCUACUUUCUUGGUCAUGGCUCAUUAGUUUGUGUGUAUUAGCUAGCUAGCUAGGGUCAAGGAUGUUGGAACUUUGAAUGCUUAUUUAUAUUCCCACUCUUUGAUGUUUGUUGUUUGUUCUUUGCAUAGGGAAAUACAUUUAAGGCCCUCCCAAUUUCAAUUAAGGAACCUUCAUUAAUCGAUUU